CAUACAUUUCUUGGUUGGAGAAGCGGGCCGAUAUGAAUUUCGAGCGGUUCUACCGCAUCCUAAUCAUUCUUGGUUUGAUUGAGUUCUUUCUUGAACUAUGUACUGGGAAUUGUAGAGAAGAAAGAGAGGCGUCCAUCUUCGGGAUGAUGCUACAAAAGCACAUCUUUAAGACGAUCACUGGAGCUGCAUUCGGUGAUGUGUGUUUAAGGGAAUGUUAUCGUGACAUCAGAUGCCAAAGCUUUAAUUACGUCUUUACCCAAAAUAUGUGUGAGUUGAGCAACCGCACAAAAGAAGCCAGACCUGAAGAUUUUACAUCAAACGCUGAGAGGUACUAUUUCAGGCGAGACAAGAACAGAGUCUCUCUCGGUUCUCUACCUGAUCUUCCCGCAAAAUCGUCUAAGGAAAUUGAUAAGAGUGAAGAGGGAAGAGCGGUCAGCGGCAAAUACUGGCUGGAUUUCAUCAAACCUGAGAUACCUGUUUUGGCUUAUUGUGACAAGUAGAACAAAGUUCACGUACAGUUAUUUGUGAUUGUUUCAAGUUCAUGCGCCAACUCUUCGACUAUUCUUACUGGCUCAAGUGGCAUACUAUAUUCAAACAAAGCUCAGUACUACUCUAACUAUAUGUAUUGUAAUUGGAGUCUCCUUUCAAACACCAACGUCAUGCUUACAUUCUUCAAAUUCAACCUUGAGCAAUCGUACGACUACGUAUACGUAUACGAUGGCAAAUCUGCAUCAUCUCCAAUGAUUGGGCGAUAUCAUGGAACCUCUCUACCUCCCGUAGUUACAAGUUCAUUGAACCAACUCUUCAUUGAUUUUAAAACUGACUCCAGCAUCACACGCCCAGGAUUUGCGGCAAGUUACCGUGUUGUUGACAAAAUCCGUCUUAUCGGUAACACGUCAUUAACUGGGAGAGUGGAAGUUUUUGCUGUCGGUCAAUGGGGAACAAUUUGUGACAAAGGCUGGGACAUCAACGACGCUCACGUGAUCUGCAGACAGCUUGGUUUCCCCUCAGCCACUCAAGCCUUUGGCAGCGCCACCCAUGGUCAAGGAUCUGGUCAGAUAUGGAUUGAUGAUUUGGACUGCACAGGGAAUGAACUGCAUUUCGACGAGUGCAGCCAUGGUGGAUGGGGAAAUCAUAAUUGCGAUCAUUCCGGAGACGCCAGCGUAGAGUGUUCCUCUAUCAUUCCCUGAUGAUGACACGAGUUUCUCGGGUUUAUAACAUUAAAAUAUUACAUAAGAAACAGUCCACAGUGGAUAGAAAGUUAUCCUUGUCUUUAGAGAAUUAGCAAUAUGUAUAAGUGAAACACAAAUUGAAUAGGAAAACUCAUUUGCAGGAUGAUUCCAUAAUGAACUAUCUAGAAUGCAAACCCCUUAUUAAGGACUAUGUCUUUUAUAAUAUUUUAUAGAUUCACCUUAUGUAUAAAAUAAUGUUUCUUUGAUAUAAUAACUUCAUUUCCGUCCAAUUUGGACUACCAGGUGUACUGUUAUGCAGAUGGCAUUAAAUACUUAGGCUCAAGCUUUCCAUUUUGUUCUGCUUCUUGUAAAUGCAAAGAAAUCACCAACCAAGCUAGAAAAUGGCAAAUAUGCUCCACGUUUAAUUGAUAGUUAAAUUUGAUUAUAAACAACAAGUCUUUACGUUGCUGUGGUGCAUGAACUGAGCUGAGAAAGAGAAGGAGAGCCUUGUAGUCGUGACUUUAGGAUGAUCCACGUAUUUAUCAAGUAUAUCGCACAAAAAUGUGUUUCCCAAUAAGUGGGUAGGAAGCUUAAUAUCGAUCUAAUAUUCCCUUUUAAAUUAGCAUACAAACUGACGGGGUGGAAACUUUGUACAUGAAAAUGACUUAG